CGUGUCUAAAAGAAACAGUGUAUCAUCUUGCCUGUCAAAAGUCAUCUCUGCACACCUUUCAACAGUGAACUUCUCGUGAGCUUUGCCUCGUCAGGAUGGAUUUAAAGUACACGAUAACGGUAUUUUCGAUUUGUGCCUUGGCCUGUUUUACUACAUCAGUUUUAAGCAAAUGUCCCGAAAUUUCUUCAAACGUAACCUUGGUGCGUUGUGGCCAUCUAAACGCGACCAAAGAUCAGUGUUUGAAUUGGGGAUGCUGUUGGAACGAAUCUUCCGAUGCUAACGCCACAGGGUGUUAUGGGAUCGCAAAUAAUCAGUCAGUGGUAAAUGCAACGGUUCCCAUGACAACAGUCAAGACUCCACUGACCAAAGUAAACACAUCUACUGUAGAUAAACAUGAAGGCUUCUGCCAAGUGUACCGUGCUGGAGCAUGUGAUCGAUGGUUGAACUACACGAUGCUGGAAUACCGCUGGACACCCAGAUUUAUUGAUUACAGAUUCGGGCUGAAUGGAACUGAGAAUUUGAUAUUAGAGUUCAUGAAAGUAAUCGGAAGGAUCAAGGGACAGGAAAGAUGUAGAGAAAUUUUGAAAACCCUCUUGUGUGAAUAUUUUCUGCCGCCAUGUAACGAAGCAAAUGAACCGUACAAAUUCUGCAGAGAGGACUGCGAAGCUGUUUUCAAAACAUGUCAUACUGCUAUAACGGAAUUGGUCGGAGCGGCAAAAUACUUUGUCGAAGAACUGGGCGAUAAUCUAGGGCAUGCUGAGGUUCCUGACUGUGAAAAACAUCGCUAUUCUGCAGAGUAUAAGGCUGAGAAUUCCACCUGUGUUCACUUUGGAUUGUUUACCUUCUCUCCAACUGUAGAAGCCAAGGAUGAAGAGAAGGAAACAUCAUCUAAGCUUAACAUUAUCGCUUUAGCUAGUGCUGUCGUGGGAAUCGUACCUGUAGCUGUAGUUAUCCUGAUCAUCGCUAUUGUUACCAAGAGGCGAGGCAAAGUUGUGUCCAUAAAGAACAGAGUUCAAGUGGAGAAGCACCGGGCUUCUGAAGAGGACAAAAUCGCGAGCCUUUUUAAGCCUGAUGACGUCAAACAAAUACCGCUGACAAGAAUAGAGUAUAUCAGGGACCUGGGAUCAUGGAACUUCGGCUCAGUAUUUUUGGGAAGAGCACAUACUUUGAUCAAAGGAAAAGACGAUGCAGGGAUGAGGGUCGCUGUCAAGACUUUGGCCAAGGAAAGCUCAACUGAGACAAAGGAGAGUUUCAUCGAAAAACUUGCGUUGAUGUCUCUUUUGCACCAUGAGAACAUUUUGGAAUUGCUGGCAGUCUCUACCGAGGAGGAACCUUACGGAAUGAUAUUUGAGUACAUGGAAUUAGGAGACCUUGCUCAAUUCCUGAGGAGAGCUGGACCUGGCUUUGAGGGUGAAGAAAAAGAGAGAGUCUAUCUUACGCAAGAGGACCUGGUUUCCAUCUCAUUCCAAUGUGCCGCUGGUAUGGAGCAUCUUCAGAGGCUAAAAUUUGUUCACAGUGACGUGUCUUCAAGGAAUUGCCUUGUGGGUCAUGGGCUUACUGUGAAGAUUGCUGAUCUUGGCAUGGCCAGACACGUUUACGUCUCAGACUAUUAUAAGAUGGAGGGCCGAGGUUCAUUACCAAUCCGAUGGAUGGCUCCUGAAGCCUUGUUUCUGAGAAAAUUCUCAUUGGAGUCUGACGUUUACUCGUUUGGUGUUCUUCUGUGGGAGAUCUUCACACUGGCGCUACAGCCUUACUAUGGGUACAGUGACGAGGAAGUCAUCGAGUUCAUUAAAGAGGGUGUCCACCUUGGAAAAACUGAUUACUGCCCUGAUCAUGUGUUCGAAAUAAUGAAGAGUUGCUGGAACCAAGAGGCUUCAGAAAGACCAAAGUUUACCCUGAUAAUGGCGGAGCUUAAACCGAAAAUGACGUCAGACUAUGAUUCAUUGCGUUAUUCACAAUCAAUUCCUGACCAGGAACCGUUGUACCAAAGAAUUGGCAGCCCGAUAAUGGAACUAAAAGAAGUUGCCACUCCUACCCACCAAGUCACCCUGGAAAUUUCCAAGCAGGCCCCAGAUACUCCACCUCCUUCUAUGCACCAACCUGGGCCAGCUUAUGAGAACGUCGUACGCAAACUCAGUUUCCAUAGUGACGAGGAGGAAGGUUUUUUUGAGUUAGAUAUUGAGCAGGAAGCUUACUGAUUAUCGUACGUUUCUUUAAUCAGUUGACUUGAAAAAUUAUUACUAAAGGUUCCCUAUGUAUUAAGGCGUUAACUUCGUCAAUACCCCUAUACAUGCGGCUGGUUGAUAUCACAACCGCAUUAUGCCUUAGUCCAAUUAAAAGUAUGGUCGAAAAAAAAA